AUGUCUUCAUACUUCUUUUCAGGCCACCACCCACACCACGCGGCCCAGCAGCAACACCAGCCGCAGCAUCCCCCGCCACCCUCCCAUAUUGCUCAGCACUCUUCUCAUAAUCACCAUGGCGGUCGAUCUCGUCGCACGCAGAAGAUGGGCAGCCAGAAUUCCCAUCGUCAGUUCCGUGGUGUGAAGAGCAUGAGGGAGUUGGCGGAAGCGCCCGCCAUUACCGCUUUCCGGGCCCGAUUCGAGGCUGGUCGUUCGUUUGAUCUCGACGACGACCUGGAAUUCUGCCCCAAUCUCUUGACUGAGGAUGAUUUGCAUUCAAUCGCAUCCUCCGUCUCGGAUCGUUCCUCCCUCGCCAGCGCAUCUCCUGACUCGUCACCGCUCCAGCACCAAAUCCAGCCGGCGCAGCAGGUCACCCCGGCUAUUUCGUUAUCCCCCGCCUCUCUCAACUCCUAUACUUCAAAUAGUUUUAAUCAGAUGAAAAUCCACCAACCGUCGGCGGUGCGCACGAGAAACGCCAUCCCGAUUGUCAAUCCCAGCACCGGAAUGCGAGUAUCCAGCCCUCCAUCAACCGUUUCGCCCAACAUGAUGCAGCCGUCAGACCAGCGCCGAUGGUAA